AUGCCUGUUCGGCAGGCGAUCGGAAAAUCAAUCGUCUCCACUGGGGUGAGUGGAGAGAAAGAUGCGGCUGGAGUGCGGAAGGUUCUUUAUGGUCACUCUGCUGAGUCCAUCAUCGGAUUCCUACGCUGCACUGGAGUCGAGUUGGAUGAUGGCUCCCAUGUCUUUGCGGACUUGGUUAUCCUUGCCGCCGGUGCGUGGACGCCAUCUGUCGUUGAUCUCGAAGGUUGA